ACUGUUUUGAUCGAUUCGAACAGGAAAUGGGUCUUGUCAGCGCAAGUCGAUACGAACUUCAGACUCGUAUAAAUGCCUCGCCCAGUCUUCCAGAAGAUCGCAGACUUGGUUCUUCCAUUCCGUCUACAAGUUCAGCCUUUUGUUGCGAGUUUUCCUCCUGAAUCGAUCUAGCCAUGGGCACCGGUAAGAUCUUUCUGGGCUUGACCCUGUUGCUGACUUUGGCACCGCUGGGAACCAAUGCAGGCCCCUUCGGAUCGUCUCUUAUUGUUGGCAGGAGAUUCAACGUUGUCAAUGAGUACCCCGCCGAGUCGUUAGCUUUGUGCCCAGAGGGGAACCCAAACUCUGCAGUUUUCUAUCGAAACGGAACCGUCAAAAUCACGGGCAAUUUCGUUGCAGCGAACAUCGGUGUAUGCAGUACUCAAGAGAGUCAGUAUGGUGUUCCCCCGACUACUACCAUUUCCUACAAAGUUUACGGCGACAUGGUUGUCUUCAAGGUCCAAGACCGUGUUGCAUCUGCUCUUCGCGUUUUCAACGAGAACAAGAAGAUCGUCAGUGUCGGCUUAUCGGGUUAUAGCGUGUCUCAGCUCACUAAUGUUGGACCUGCUUGAAGUCCGGACACUCGAGGCGAGUAGAAUUGAGCGGUGAAUUUAUCACGUACAUAUAGUAUCUCAAGUGAAACGAUCUUGAUAUCAUCGAGUUACCUACUUUCACUUCUUCUGUUGAUAGACUUCUGUUAUCACACACUCAGACAAAAUGGAGAUGGGAGGCUUGAACUCAUGCAACAUGUCACUCUCAUGUAGCGGGGAAGCCUCAUAGUAAGUGAGGUGUCUCACGCACCGUUCAUUGCAUGCAAAAUUGUUGAAACGAAGGGGUUCAGGGUGAAGCACAUUGUUCAAGUUGAGUCAAGGCCGUGGCCUUGACAAAACAUACCUUUAUACCUGCCCUGAUAUCCAUAGUUCUGUUUCUGUGUUAUAUCUGCACAAGUGAGCUACGUUAAGUGCGAGCUGGAUGUGAACUGUCCGUUAAGCAAAUUGAACUGUAUUCAUUACUGAACAAUGUUCACGCCUUAAGAAGACUUGCAGAAGACCUUGUCAUAUCAUUAAGUCGCAUGCGAUUCUUUUUGUCCAUUAGGAUUGUUGCACACAAGAGACUUAGGCGCGGAGAGCUAUGGAUUCAGUCGACACUUCCCAUCCUCAAGAACGAAAAUUGACUGAUCCCUGAGUAGUCGACGGAUUACUUACUAUUGGAUUCUCGACGUAUACCAUACGUCCCUCAAAUAUGCAAAAGGGGACUGGAGGGAGAGCAGCG